AGCUAAAAGCGGACCUUCGCCUUUAUAAAGAGUUUCUCCGUCUCUCGAACCGUCUCAGUUGUCGGUGAGGCCGGCGGGGCGGAUCCCACACAAGAGUGAAAGAGAAUAUAAAGCAACACAACAACAAUAACAACUUGGCUGUUUCCUACAUAUCGCUAGCAAGCUCCCUUGUGGAUUUAAAACAUCAAGGUGGGUAAACCAGGGGCCUUCCUGUCCGGAGAGAGAGAGAGAGAGGCUCCCUCCCUCCCGGCCGGCUGCUGGUUAGCACGCGCCGCAGUAGCUACCGCACAGCCAGGCUAGCAGCGCGUGAAGAUGAUGCUAACGGUGUGUGCUAACGCGGCCAAGGCCAUCUUUACCAAAGCUUAGAGGAAACACCGGCGAGCUGACCGCCCUGCCGGGGCCGAGGAGCAGGCUGACCAGGGUCCAGCUGUGUAGACUGAGGUUUAUGGGACCGUUAAGAUGAAAAAUGCAGAGAUUACAAGAGUCAUCUGCUCAGUUUACACUUAGUUUGGACUCAAGUUAGCCAGCUGCUAGAAUAAUGAAGUAGUUUAGGGACAACUUAAGUCUGACGGCCUCAUUUUGUGAUAAAGCUAUUCUCAUCAGUUAUUAUUCUGUAGGUUACGUGGUGAUUUACCAAGUUACGUGUUCAGACGUGAGUGCCUUCUAGUUUUUGACAAUUUCAAUCCUGGUUUAUCAUCUGAGGCCGGCUUGAUUCCUCACACAGUUUAAGGAAAUUUAACUGAACCAUUUCGUGUAAGCGUACAUUAGGAAAGGGACUGUUGUGGUGCAAUAAGCUGGGUCGAUGGGGUCUGCGAUUGCGAGAUUUUUGUGAAGAAGAAUAAUAAUAGCUACGAUUCUAUUUGUGACUGAGGACUAUAUGGCCUUUUUAACAAAGAAAAUACCUGCCAUGUUCAUAAAUUAUGUAAAUAUCUGCGUCAAUAAUCCCACGAUGCCAUACUGUAAUGUCAUCACUCAGUCAUGACUGGUUUACUGUAGUUAGGGCUGGGCGAUAUGGGAAAAAGUUUAUCACGAUCAAUUUUUUUCAUAUCGGUCUCUAUUGAUAUAUGUGAUGAUGAUACAAAAAAUGACAUGUAACAGUGCUUACUGAUAGUAUGUCUUUUGCAAUACAAUAAGCUAGUGCAUCUGUAAGGUCAUUGUGUCUCUUCGACGUUUUGUCGUAAGGCGUUGCGCUAGAGAAAGUGGACUGAAUGGUCGGCUGAUUCGGCUGCACAGAUGCCAUGGACGCCUUGCUCCGCUCAGGGUUUGUAACAUUUUUCAGGUGGUGACAAAUAUUUGAGGUAUAUCCCAACUUUGCGAGAAUAAUUACUUGACAUAAUUUUCAGUGCACAUUACUCUGCUUUGUGUCCGACCUCAAAAAACCAAAAUCCCUCCACACCACCGACAUUUUCGUGCCAGUGUUGUCAACAAUGUCAUCAUCUGUUGAGCCUUUAUCUGCAUUUCUGCCAGGGGUAGCACUCAUUUUCUUUUUUUCUCACUGACAGUACUGUCGGCUUCACAUGUUAAAGUGCUAUGGUUGUGUGUAGCUGCAACCUGCUACUAUGUAGUUGUUUGUUACUUGGUCCUGAUUCAGCACAUGAUUGGUUCAGUGCGAAGCGGACCCGGAGAAACUCCCCUUUUCAUUGGCUAUUAUAGUCUACCAAAACAUGGCAGAAUGCCAACUAUCAAAAAGCAUAUUGACCAUGUUUUAUAUUGAUAAUUUUCAAUAUAUAUCAUUAUCCUUUUAUCGCCCAGCCCUACCCAUAAUACUAAUGAAUGCUGUUUUCAAGUAAUGUUAGUCUUUGAGUUUAAAAGUCUUGAUAUUGAUUUAAGCACCUCUUCAUUGUCUCCACACUUUUCCUCUCUAGAUGCCCUCAGUGAUGAAUGCAAAUGGGACAAUGCAGUCUGUCAGCCCAGAUGUGGGAUCCGCUCCAGGGUCAAUGGGUAGUUUUUCUUUCAGUGGGCAGUCCGAAGUCUUGAAGCAAGUGCUGGGUGUCAUCGACAAGAAGGCCCGCAAUAUGGAGAAGAAAAAAGUGAGUACUGACGUUUGUUCCAGAUCCUUCCUCAGAACAGCAUCCAGCCACAUCCCUGUUGUUUGAAAUACAAGCUUUAAACAGACCAUGCAAAGAAAAAUGCAUUUGUGUAUUUUGUUACAGAGUAAACUGGAUGAUUAUCAAGUCAGGAAGAAUAGUGGGGAGCGUCUCAACCAGGACCAGCUGGUGGGUGCACUAAAGCCUUUAAUCUUUGUAUCUUAGGUGUAGUGCUGACAAAAUUUACAACCUAGUAAUGUGUGUACAUUUUCUCUUCUCUGUGUUUUAGGAGGCCCUCUGCAAGUACCAGGAAGUUGUGAAUAACUUGGAAUUUGCCCGAGAGUUGCACAAAACGUUUAUCGGGAUGGGACAAGACGUAAGGGGCUACUCUGUGUCCUCUCAGUAAUACCUUCCUGGGAGCUGAGCAUCUAAACACAACAUGGUUGACCUUUUUUAUUUUUGUAUGACUCUUAGAUCCAAAAAGUGGUGAAGAAGUCUGCACGGCGUGAGCAGUUGCAGAGGGAGGAGGCAGAGCAGAAGAGACUGAAAACGGUUCUUGAGCUGCAGUUUCUCUUAGACCGGCUGGGUGAUGAGACUGUGCGGCAGGACCUGAAACAAGGAGUCAGCGGCUCACCGCUGCUGACAGAUGUGGACCUCACAGCUUUUGACGAGUUCUACAAGUUAGUGGGGCCAGACCGUGACCAAAACAUCAGGUUGGUCCAAGGCAAUUAUGUUUGGGUUGAUUACAGAUGCGAUAACUCUUUUUCUGCUCCUUCACCCCAAACAAGGAAAUUCUUCAACUGAUGUUGAAUCUUGCAGGUUGGCUGACCAGUAUGAAGAAGCAUCUGUGCACCUCUGGGACCUGCUUGAGGGAAAGGACAAGGCGGUUGUCGGGACAACAUGUGAGUUUAAGUUUGUUGAAAGCCCUGACGUGGGGCACAAGCAGACAAGCUUAAUAUUUGAAAGGAUUAUCUGGUCAAAUAUUUCCAAUACAGUUAGGGAUGCUGAUCGACAAAGUUGUUGCAAUUUCCUGGUCGUCUCACCCUUCCAAGAUAGUUGAUAUUCAUCAGUUCUGGAGUGUGUGAAAAAGCCAUUACAGGUGACUUUCCCAGCUCUAGAAAAAUCUUUUUUUUUUUUUUAAUUGACAUUUUAUAAAUCAAGUACCAGCUGAUUAAUUGAGGAAGCAGCUGUUGGAUCAAUCAGUACUGACUAGUAUUGCGUGAACACAUUUAGUUUCCUGUAGACAAGUGCUUGGGAAAUAAACAUCCUGAUCCUGGAGGAGAGAAGGCUCUUGUAAGCCGUUUGUCCACUGCAAAUAAAAGGACUGUUUGCCAAAAAAAAGUAAUCAGUAUUGAAAUAACAAGCUCCAGCCCGGCUGUAAUCUAAAGCAAACUUUUUUUUAUUUAAGAAAAAGUAAGUGGUUUCAUUUAUAUGCCCAGCUGGUGGUGAGGAUUGUUGGCAGGACAUUUAGUCAGAUGGACGGUGACACAGCAAUCAUCAACAAGCAUUUUAUUGUUUGGAAGUUGGCAAUAGUUAACGUGUCAUAUAAUUUUGUGUGACCCAAAAGCACAAUAGAUAAAUAUGGAUAGAUCUCUAAACAAACCUCGCUCUGUAUUCUUGGUAUUCUGAGCCAUUAACCAGUCUUAAUAUGUUAAUGUAGCAUGUGCAUUGUAUUGUGUUAAUGCAGCGUGUGUGCAGUGCUCUGAUGUGAAUAAUCAGGGCUUGGGGAUAUUGGAGUACUGCAUUCUCAGCGAUCUGGCCUCAGGACUCGCGCUGCUGCAUUCUGCUUGGGGGUGAGCGCUGUGGGCUUAUCCUGACUCAGCAGCAGGGAAGGGUGCCAGUGGCUCUGUCGCCUGUGACUCCACUGGUCAGAUCUUUGGAGCUACACUAUGAUACUAGUGGUGAUGACCCAGUUCUCUGUAAUGACACCAGCCCGACCACAUUACCUCAGUUAAAAGGUCUUGCUUGGUGACUGGAGGUGAUAUCUAUUCAGGCAGCAGCAGACUUCUGGUCGCAGGGCAAAAGGCAGUAAAGGAAAUCACUUUGAUCUGUUUUGCAUGAAGAGCCAAAGUGGAAAUGCCUGAGUGAGCUUGGAGGCUCCUCUGAAGUGAAGUUGUGGUUGUUUUACACACAUUUUUAUAAUGUAGUUGGCAGUACUGACCAAUAAAUGAUCAUGCCUUAGUGUGAACAUCAAGGCCCCCUAUCAUUAAGAUUUACCUACUUUAAUAACUUGUAAUGGAUCAAGGCUAUUGACAACCAGGCUUUGCAUGUUGAUGAUAUGCACAGAUCUAAUUCAGCUCUUCAGCUGAGAUGUGGUGCUGCUGGAUAAAACGGGCGUUUAGUGCACUCAGUGCAGCGAAAACAAACCAGUCAGCUCUCAGAUUUACUGCUGUCAAUAUGAUGAAGGUAGUCAGUAUAACGGCUGAGCAAUGAAAGGUGGGAAGAAACUGCGACUGAGGAAGAGCUCUUGUGACGGAGAAAAACAGUGAUGAUUUAAAACGGUUUAAGAUUCAGUUUAAAUAAUUAUCAAUGGGAAAAUCAUGUUAAUACAGAACAGUCGAUGGCUGUUAGAGCAGGAAGACAUGGGUAUUUCAUCUUACUGCCAACAGGCUGGUGUCUGUAUGUAUUCAUGCCGAGUCACCACCAAAUUUUCUGGAAGCUUCAUAUCAGAGUCGUUCCACAGUUUCAGCAGACCUGAAAGGCAGUCAAGGUUUUGGUACAUUGAAGCCCUUAGAGCACUCUGAGGUAAUGGAAAUGGUUUCAGUUCACCAUGUGACUGACUGAUACAUUUUGGUAUUUUGGCAUUUAUGUGUCCCCAAACAAUAGGAAAGGAGAGGAUUCAGGAAUGGUGAUGUCAAAUGUCCUGCACACUGAUCAGGAUGAAGGGAUUUUUCAAAGAGAGUGUUCUGGGUGUUGGUUGUUGUUUCACUUUAUGUCGUUAAUCAGUCUAGAGAUUCCUACUGAACGGCGUCACUUCAUUUCUGCCCGUUGUUGGGUAUCAAGCCAAAAAACUGCCUCCAACUGCUGACACAUCAUGCUGGUGCAUCCACGGCGUGCACAGAGGCAACCUCACUCAUAGAGUCGCAGGACUGACGUCACACCGUCCUCACUGACCAAAACACAUAUUUAAUUUUGCCAAUAAAACAAAAUAAAUAAAGCCUGUGUCUGGUUUUGGUUGUUACUGUGCGUGUAACCUGCCGAGCCAAUAAAACCUGUUUCGAUGGACACUUGACCUCGUUGACCUUGCUGCAUCGGUGUACCCUGUCAGCUGCAUCUGACUGACGUAACAUAAGAAUUUGAUGUUUUCAUUUCACCAACUUUUACAUCUAGAAAUGAAAAGAUAACUACUGUUUUUCAUUGAGAUACCUGCAGCUUAUAAUACGUAGGGGUCGGCGUGAGUACUUCAGGGAUUGUUUUGUAGAAGAGGUGGACCUAUUUAUGGAUCGGCUGAUGAAUCAGGCUGACCGUUGGCUAUUUUAAAUAGCCCACAUUUGCCAAGGCUGAUUAAAUAAAGUAAAUAAAUCCUAAUAAUGAUGAUUACAGAUGGCUGGAUGGAAGUCCAUAAAUCCUUUUGUGGCAAUGUUUUAUCGAGCCAACACCAGAGAAGGCCAGGAAUAAAAAGAUGUCCAUUCAAGUUCAGCAUUUUUCCUCUCAUCUGUUGUUUUAUCAAAAAAAUUUUAUCAAACCCAAAAAAUAUACUCUAUACUGAAGCCAUCAGCCAACCUGCUCUCUCUUUAUGCCAGCAUCAAGUCUACAUUUUUGGAGGGGGUACUGGGUGAUUUCUUUGGAUGCUGGAGCAGAUCCAAAUAGCAAAGUGAUAAGUAAAUGCUGAUAUCAUUGACAAACAUCAACCUAAUCUGCUGUGGUAGACAGAAUGUUAAUCAGCUGAGAUAAGAGCAGUGUCAGGAUGUAUUUUCACAAAGUAAAUAAAGUGAGUGUAGUGAGUAAAUGUAACUUCUUUUUAAUCAGCUUCAUAUCAAUUGAACAGAUCAGAUUGUUUUCACAGAGGAAGCUAAAAAAACAACAACGUCUAAUUACUCUCACUUCCUGAAACAUGAUUUACCUUGACUUUCCAAUAAAAUGCUUUCUUUAUAUCCCCACAUCUAGACAAAGCACUGAAAGAGACUUUGGACCAGGUUCUGCUGAGCGGGUACUUUGACCGGGUCCCGUCUCACCAAAAUGGUGUGUGUGAGGAGGAGGAGGAAGUGGAAGAGCAGCCCUCGGCGGCGGCGGCGGCGGCAGCAGCAGCAGUGGCAGCAGUGGCAGCAGUAGCUGAAUCGUCAGAAGCAGAAGAGCAGACUGUUGAUCCAGGUCCUGACUGUUCUCUUUAGUCUGUAGCCAGCUCCCUGUUUCUAAAAUGCUAAUGUAAUCAAUAAGCAAUGAAGCUGGCCCUGCACCGUCUGAGAAGUUUUUCUUUUUACAGAAACUGAAAUAAUCGAGGAGUUCACAGAGCCAAUUGCGGUUGAAACAACAGAGGUGAGAUGGAGUUUUCUCUUUCCAGCGCUGCCUUGAAGCUGAGAUUAUAUGUACAUUUUGCACCGUGCUGAUCUUUGCUUUUUUCUCUCUCUAGUUUGUAAACAGACAGUUCAUUCCAGACGGCACUUACAGCGGCAGUGAGAAGGAGCAGGGAGAUGAGUGGUCUUCGGAAACAGAGGUAGAGGAUCCCUCUUUGGUGUAGCAGAUCAUUAACCUGCUGUCUCCUGACUCUAGCUCCUGUUAAACCUUUAAGUGUUGUGGCCUUAAAUGAUCUGUGGUCUGUUCUGAAAGGGUGAAGUUCCCUUUGUUGACAUCUACUUUAAUGACAGCAAAAGAGAUUUAUGUCCAAUUUAAUCACUCAUGCAACAAAUGACGGUCAGUUUCUGUCUUUGUGAAAGAAAAUCUGGUCGUUCAUUUUCCAGCUGGAUUUGUUAAGGUUGAUGUGUUUGCCAUCGUUUGGCAGCACUACUCUCCCGGCUCUCGUUGGCUGUAGUCGUCCUGCCUGGAAAGUUCUGACCUAAUCCUGCAGAUAUUGAAUCCUAAAUAUCCAACGCGUUCAGGGGAUCAAAACUGAUUCGUGAACUUCUCCCUCAUGACCAGAUGAGUUUGGUCCAUAAUCUCUGCCAGCAAAGCACCAAAACAAAGAUUUGACCACUCAGUCAUUUUGUAGUCCGGUUUGGCCUCAAAGGUUUUUGUCGACAUCAAAAAUGAUAUUUGUUAAACCUGUCUUUAAUUAUCACAUCUUUCUAAUCAUCCAUGUGUUCUGCUUGUCCACUCUUAGGCUAUCAGUGCGAUGCAGCAGCAGCCUGUGCAGCCUGCAGCCUCCCCUGUUGCACUGGAGACCCAUCCCAUGAGCUUAGCGUCUCCUGCACCACCUAGUGACCCCAUGGCCAGAAAGCAGGUGGUGCAGGACUUGAUGGCACAGAUGCAGGGAACAUAUAACUUUAUGCAGGUGAGGUCCUGGUGAGCGCUGUGAUCUGUGAACUCUGAAUUGUUGAUUUUCACUGCGGUACUCAUCACUCUUCUGUACUCAGGACUCCAUGCUGGAGUUUGACGGACAGCCCAUCGACCCCGCUAUCGUCUCAGCACAGCCUAUGAAACCCACCCAAAACAUGGACUUACCACAGAUGGUGUGUCCUCCAGGUGCGUUUAUUUAGAGAAUCGCCGCUCUGAUGAUAUUUUUUUUUGUGUGAAAUGACACUCAGCCGAAUUUUCUCCUCAAAUCCUCUCAGUUCACCCAGAGUCCCGGCUAUCACAACCCAACACUGUUCCUGUCCAACCUGAGCCCACACAAGUGAGUAUUCAAACCUGGACAGGUAUCGACUGUGCAGACGCCCCGAUAGAAAGAACAGAUUUAAUCCUUUUCCUGUUUCUUUUUAGGUUCCUAUUGUCUCACCAACUCCGCCCCCCAUGUUCCAGACUUCACACACGGCAGAUCCUCGACCCCCAACAGAAUCAAUCGAACCCAUUCAGGUAAACCAUCUGCGGCCGGGCCCUUUUUAUAAUGACUGGAUUAAACAACAUAGUAAUGAGUUCACAGUGAUCACACACCACCAUCUGUUUGUCCUGCACAGUUUCAACAACAUCAGAUUUGUAUUAAACAGCUUCACAGGCCAUCUCUGUACAGUUUGCUCCAGUUUUUUUUUUCAUUUUGUUGAGACUGAAGUUACAGAAAACUGUCAGCAUCUCCACACCAGGUCAAAGUUCUGCUCCAUGAGUUUGUAUCCUGAUGGCACAAAAUUCUGUCCACUUAUGGACCAUAAUGAACUGGAUGGAGAGGAAAAGUCCUUUAACAUUUUAUUGUGGAGUUCAUUCAUGACAGAUGUUUCAAAUUUCACAGUUUAUGACCAUCUUUCUCUCUGGAAUGAGCGGGCAAAAAGCAUCUUUUUCCAAAGAUAAAUCAUCUGCCACGUGUAAUAGCAGUGUAACAACACCUCCUGGGUUUGCCUAACUGCAUUAACUUAAUGAGGAAAUCAUAAACAGUACAUCAAUGAAUAUGUUUGUGCAGACUACAGCCACAACAAUCACUUUACAGCAGCUGAUGGUGGCUUUCUGGGGACGCAUGUUUAAAAAAAAAAUAAAUCCCAGACAGGAGAAUCUGUAACAGCACAGUCUGUUUGUGGGGGAUUCAGCCACAGAUUGACACAGUCGGAUUUAACUCCUGACAGGUUGUAAUAUUAACAUUUUUAAUGACAGAAUCUGCCUCAUAUAACGACCUGGUACCUAAGGCGGUACAGGUAAAUAAAAGAUCUUUACCACUGUUAAGGAUUUAUGGUAUGACCUUCUGAAGAAAAAUAUUUUCUCUUUCAAAAUCUGCAGUUUGUGCAGACACACACACACACUUCUACACCCUGCAGCACUACAAUACAUUUCCUUAUGCCACUAGUGUCGUCUCCUCUCUUCCACAGACCUCCAUAUCCUUGUCGUCAGAGCAGCCUCCACCCUCCACAGCUCUCCCACCUGCCUCUCAAACGCAGGUUUUCCAGCCUGUUUCCAAAGCUCCUCACAGCAGUGGCAUCAAUGUCAACGCAGCACCAUUCCAGUCAAUGCAGACAGUAAGGCCCUUGUGUUGACAGUCAUUCCCCUCUAAAGAAUUGCCAUGUCAUUGUCCUAGGCCUCUUCAGAAGACUUGUAUCUGAGCCUCUUGUCUGUAAAGUACAGUUGUAAUCAUAAUGCAGUAACAACAAACUCCAUCGGGUAUUAGUUUUAGAGUUCUGCUGUGCGCUCUCAUCAUAUUGCAUUUGAAAACGUUUGUAUCCAGGAACUAGUGAGUAAUGGACUUUACUCCUAAUGAGCCUGUGACCUUUCCUCUGGUUUUGGCUUCGCAACAAUGUGUUCCUUGUUCGCCCUUCAGGUGUUCAACCUCAACGCCCCGGUCCCGCCAGCGAGUGAGACAGAGGCUUUGAACCCGGCCAGCCAAUACCAGAACAGCUACAACCAAGCCUUCAACAGCCAGUCGCAGCAUCCUGUGGAGCAGACAGAGAUGCAGUCAGAGCAACUGCAGUCUGGUGGGCAGAUUUUCUGUGUUUUUUCAUUAUUUUCUGACCAAAAUGAAAGUCAACAACGACAUUCUUCCCUGAUUCAAUUGUUUUAUUUAACCUGCAUCCUCAACCGUCACUAGAUAUUGACUUGCGUCUGUUUUGGGGGAACGCAACCCCUUGUCUUUUUUAGUAGUUGGUGCCUUUCAUUCCCAAGACCAAUCAGGAGGCCAUCAACAGCCUUCCCAGCAGGGCCCGGGCUUCGGCAGGCAGCCUCAGUCAUUCUACAACAGCAGAGGCAUGUCACGUGGUGGACCUCGCAACGCUAGAGGCAUGAUCAACGGCUACAGAGGUUCAUCGAAUGGAUUUAGAGGUCAGUUCUCGACGUACAGUAAACAGUGACGUCAGUUCAUUUCAGCUCAGCAAGAAACAGCACAUUAGCGGCUUUACCUGUCUGAUGAAGCAUUAACGCUAUGAUAUGGCUCAGUCACAGUAGAGCCUGUACAGAGAGGAAUGCUAAAUUUCAAGAGAAGUAUUUUGAGUUAAAUGGUCUCUUGACUUUCAGGUGGUUAUGACGGUUAUCGUCCUCCUUUUGCCAACACUCCAAAUUCUGGUUAUGGACCGACUCAGUUCAACACACCUCGGGACUACUCAAAUGGGAAUUACCAGAGGGUAAGACUGCCUCACACUGUCUUUACGUCAUCUUUUGCUGUCUGUAACACAUUUUUAAUACAGCUUUUUUUCCCUCUCUUGCUACAGGAUGGUUACCAACAGAACUACAAGCGUGGGACAGGUCAAGGAUCUAGAGGAGUGUCAAGAGGCAGCACUCAGGCGAUAAGAUCCUGAAAAAAGCCUUUCUUAUUGACUGUGACUGACUAACUUGCACCACACUGAAAAUUCAAAUUUCAAGAAUGCAUUUGCCCCAGCUCACUCACUUUUUUUUUCUUUGUUCUUCAUCAGUGGUAUUUUUCCCUGUCUGUAAAUCAAAGUAAUGCCUGCUUUGAUAUUUGAAAUUUAAAUCAUUUUAAUUUGAAACCACAAGCCAAGCUGUAAAUCCAAUCAUUGAUUUACAUGAGCAAUGUGUGACAAUAUUCCUGUAAACUUGAAAGAUUUCAUAAGUUAUUUUUUGUAUAAAAAAAUGCACCUGCCACUGCUGGUCCAAUUCUUGGGAGUUUAAUCCCUCUCUCAGUUCUUUUCUGUCAUUUUGGUUCAAAUAAGGAUUUUAUGUUCGAAGAGCUCCCGUCUCCUUGUUUGUAAAUUGAUGUUGCUUCAAGAGUUUCAAUAAAGUUGUGUUGCAUACCCAUGCUUCAGUAGUACAGUUAAUUACUUUCAAAGAAACUAGGAGGGAAAAAAAGAAUCUGACCUUUUUGUGUUUUCAACCAUUUUAAAGAUCAGGCUGUUUUGGCAUAUGUUUAUACAGCGCCACCUCAUGGUCAAUUAAUUGUAGCAUCUCAUGAUGUCAGAAAAUGGUGAAUUAUUUCCCAUGUAUUGUAUUUUUUUAUUGUUAUUAUUACUAUUAGAUUGAGUCAGCAAGUGUAUCUUUUUCUCUGUCCAGACUGAAUUUUAGUUUAAUUUGAUUUUCAUAUUGUAAUCCAGAAGACAGGAAAUGUGAAGCUUACUCAUAGAUGUCUAUCCCAGUUUAACACUGUGAUAAAAAUUAAACUGAAUUUAAAAGAA